AUGAACCACCGAGUCCCUGCCCACAAGCGGUACCAGCCCACAGAAUACGAGCACGCAGCCAACUGUGCCACCCACGCCUUCUGGAUCAUUCCCAGCAUCCUCGGCAGCUCCAACCUCUACUUCCUGUCGGACGACGACUGGGAGACGCUCUCCGCCUGGAUCUACGGCCUGGGCCUCUGCGGCCUCUUCGUGGUGUCCACCGUGUUCCACACCGUCUCCUGGAAGAAGAGCCACCUCAGGAUGGUGGAGCACUGUCUGCACAUGUCUGACCGCAUGGUCAUCUACUUCUUCAUAGCGGCCUCCUACGCGCCCUGGCUGAACCUCCGGGAGCUGGGCCCGUGGGCCUCCCACAUGCGCUGGCUGGUCUGGAUCAUGGCCUCUGUCGGCACGGUCUACGUCUUCUUCUUCCACGAGCGGUACAAGCUUGUGGAGCUGCUGUGCUACGUCGUGAUGGGCUUUUUCCCCGCCCUGGUCAUCCUUUCGAUGCCCAACACCGAGGGCAUCUGGGAGCUGAUGACCGGCGGCGUCUUCUACUGCCUGGGCAUGGUGUUCUUCAAGAGUGACGGCAGGAUCCCCUUCGCCCACGCCAUCUGGCACCUCUUUGUGGCGCUCGGUGCCGGCACCCACUACUAUGCCAUCUGGAGGUACCUCUACCUGCCCAGCUCCCUGCAGACCAAGGUGUCCAAGUGA